AUGGACACAGCCGGCUUGACCGUCGCCAGUAGCAUGGUGGGAAUAUCGGGAGACUCGAAUGACACAUUUUCCAUACCAUCACCAGCCAGCAGGCGACUCCUUUGGACGCUCAACGGCCCUCUUGAGAGCGCAAUACAGGUUGCGCCCGGCCAGUAUUACGAGGCAGGCGACAUCAUGGAACCCUAUUUUCACCCUGGCGAUGCCGAUGUCGCGCCGAGCUGGCACCCCGUGUCGCAAGAGUCUCUCAUGGUGCCCCAGGUUCCAACCGUCACCGUCAGGAUAUACUGCCUUGACGACUGGGAACAGCUUUGGGUUGAGUUUAACCGCUACUGUCUCGACACGAAGAACGACCCCCGACGGCCGCGGGCCAAAGACGUCGAGCUCGAGGUGACGGCUGGCAGCGGCGCGUUUCUCACGAUCCACGAGUACGUCUCCGCCGUGCACCCGUGGCUCAUGGGCAUGCGCGAGAGGCUCCUGUACGCGCUGGGCAAGACCGAUGGCAAAGGGGUGCCGUGGCCGCCCGAGGCGAAGCUGGCCGUUACGCACUUCGGCAGUGGGGCAUUGAUCAUUCAGACGGAAGACAAGUGGGCUUACUCGCGCAGGAAGCCCAACCUCGAGCCGAGGGUGAAGAUGACCAUAGCCGAGGAUAUGGAGGCCUCGCGGAAAGUUGAGGAGAGGAUGCUGGCGAGAUCCGCAGCACGGGUGCGCGAGUUGGAAAGGCUCCGCCAAGAGAACAAUGGACAUGGGCUGUGA